UUCUUGCUUUUGCUGCUCAAUUCAUUUUGCUUGUUAUCUUUUCUCAGGAUGUCUCUAAUAGUCUAAUGUUUCUGCAUAUUUUUUUUUCUUUUGCUUAGUUUUUUUAGUUUUUAAUUUCUUAUAGAAAGAUUUGUUCUUUUUUCUUUUUGUAUAGUAAUAAUUGAAGCUGUUUUUUUUUUCUCAUCUACUGUAACUUUUAGUUGCUUCCCCCUUUCAUUCUGAGGAAAAGAAAUUCCAAAUAAAUUAUGAAUCAAAUAGAAUCCCACUUGUUAUCAUUAUUUUAAUUAGAGUUUCAUCAUUGCUCUGUUUUUACUCUUUUAGGACAUGGAAUAGAAUGUUUCCCUAUAUAGUAUACAAAAUAUUCAAUUCAAUAUCGUUUUUUUAAUUUCAUAGUCAAUUAUUACUUUAUUUAUUAACUAAUAAUUUAUUUUCUGUCAGCUGGGUUUGCAAUUUCCAUCUGCAGUUAAUUAAAAUCUGGGUCUUUUUUAUUGGCUUGCAGGGCAUCUGUCAGCUUAGCCAUGAACCACUGUAUUCCUGAGUGGAGUUUUGAGUAUGAUCUCCCAGUCUCCAAUCAUAGAAAACGAUUGGGCCAAGACAAUGAGCUGGUGGAGCUGUUAUGGCAAAAUGGACAGGUAGUUUUGCACAGCCAAACUCACAGAAAAAAUGUACCAAACCCCUGUGAGUCUAGACAAGUAGAAAAGAAUGAUCAACCAACAUCAAGAGGGGGUACUACCAGCUUAUCAUAUGGAAAUUCAAGUAAUCUAAUUCAUGAUGAUGAAACAGUCUCAUGGAUCCAAUACCCCAUUGAAGAUUCCUUUGAGAAAGAGUUUUGUUCCAACUUUUUCUCUGAAUUUCCAUCACCUGUUCCAAUGGAAGCUGAUAACAAUAAGCCCAACAGACAAUUGAAGCAACAUCAACAACAGUUUGUCAAGUCUAGUGCUGCCUCCCCUACUAUCUUUAAUAAGACUGCAAAUUCACAGGAACUUAAUGUUAGUUCUGCGGCUCAAGAAUUUCAGGGAAACCCUAUGCCGCCUCCAAAAUUUCAGUUUGAUUCAACCCAACAGAAUAAAAAUUCAGAAGGUUUAGGCAAAGUUCUUAAUUUUUCGCCUGUAACAGAACAUACAGGGGUGAAGAGUAGUGGCGGCAACCUGAUACAAAGAGAAGUUAAGGACAGUUCAGGAAUGAAAGUUGGAUCAAGCUAUUGUGGCAGCAAUCAAAUUCGAAAUGAUGUUAACCUUAGCCGAGGAUCAAGCAAUUGGUUUGGAACUACAACUACUGGUUUAUCUGCAGGGACUUCGAAAGAUGAUGCUCGAAAAACAAUUGUUCAGAUUGAGAAAGGAAAAACUGAGACGAUUGAACCUACUGUUACUUCUUCUUCUGGUGCAACAUGCAAGCAAUCAACUGGGGUCAUCAGUAGCCAUAAAAGGAAGAGCAGAGAUGGUGAAAACAAUGAGUGCCAAAGUGAGGCUGCUGAAUUACAAUCAGCUGCUGGAAAUAAGUCAGCCCAACGAUCUGGGUCUUCCCGCCGGAGUCGUGCUGCCGAAGUGCAUAAUCUAUCGGAGAGGAGACGGAGGGAUAGGAUCAAUGAGAAGAUGCGAGCGUUACAAGAGCUCAUACCUCACUGCAACAAGUCAGACAAGGCAUCUAUGCUAGAUGAGGCAAUUGAAUAUUUGAAGUCGCUUCAGUUACAGCUUCAGGUGUUUCAGGUAAUGUGGAUGGGAAGUGGGAUGGCCCCAAUGAUGUUUCCAGGAAUCCAGCAUUAUAUGUCCCGCAUGGGAAUGGGAAUGGGUCCACCUGCAUUCCCUUCCAUUCACAAUCCUUUGCAUCUUUCUAGGGCGCCAGUAGUUGAUCAGUCCAUCUCUAUGGCUUUUCCUUCACAAAACCAAGCUGCAACAUGCCAAACUCAACAGUUGAAUCAAGUGAAUUACCCACAUCAUAUGCAAAAUCCCAUCUUUGCGGAGCAAUAUGCACGUUUUUUGGGCUUUCAUCAUAUGCAAACUGCCUCUCAGCCCAUGAAUAUGUUUGGAUAUGGUUCCCAAACUACACCGCAAAGUCCAAUGGUAUUAGCCCCCAGCAGUUGCAGUAUACCACUCACGGGAGGGGCAGCUACAAUCAAUAACACUUCUCUUAGUGGCAAGAUGGGUUAACUAAAGAGAAGGCAAGGGGGUCCAUAACAACUUGGUAGAAGCUGAUACUGCUUAAUAUGCAGUGACUUUCUUUCUCAAUCAGUAGCCAUGCCAAAAGGCCCAGUGUCCAUCGUCAAUGUCCUAUAUGCAUAUAUCAAUGAGACAGCCACUACCAGAGUUAUAAUCACUCUCUCAACCAGGCGUUGAAUUUGUUCUAUGACCACCAUGUCAUUGAAUUUGGUCGUAAGAUUUGAUUUCAGGAUGAAAACAAGAUAUCAAGUGUGCUGCUACUGGCUUGGAUUCUGGUAAAUAAGACAGCUACCGACAUUUUCUUGUUUGCUUGCUUAGAAGAGGAAGUAAUGCUUGUUCCCCCCAGUCUGUAAAAUUUUUAGCCAUUUCUUUAUUUUGAAUUAUAAUAGCUGUCUGAUUGCAGGAAGGAAUAAAUUUGUUAAGAGAUCCUUGUAA